AACUUCAAAGAUAUUUCAUGUGGAGAAAUUUUUGAAGUAACUGUCAGUUGUGUCAGACCUUUGGGAGAACACCGGCAAGGUUUGAAUAAAUGGUGAAUCUGCAAUAGUCGCUUGAUAAAAAACAAACUGCGUUCAAAAUCUACUAGUUGAAGGUGCCCCCUUUGGAACUUCCUACUCUACACUUGUUCAUCUGUAAUCCCAUUCAUUCAAACAUGGAACCUAUGGCUUUGGGAAGUCCUACUGGCAGUCCUGCCGCUGGUACGAGUCCAUUUCUGCCUUCAUUUUUGAUGGGAGAAUCAAAUAUGCCCUCCACUCCAAGAAGCAAUACACUGUCUCCUACAAAGAACAGAAGUUUAGCAUUUGGCGCUACAUCCCCAACAAUAGGACCGACUUCCUCGCCAGAUUUUAAUCGAUCCUUGUUAACUCAGAAAACCUUCGGCUACCAGCAAAUACCACCAAUGCACAAUUUUCCUGGAACACCCAUUCAAAGUCAUAAUACCAGCAUAUCUGGACCACCCACUCAGGGAUUGUUUGAUUCGCUUCGGUCAGAAGUGAAUAGUGUUCAAACUCCUACCCGCCAGUUUGGAACGAACGUGUGUGGACCACUGGCUGGGACUCCUAAUAUGAAUCAAUCUUACAAUGAUUCACUUUUGAACCAAUCAAACUUCAAUGCCUCGAGAAUAACAUCACCCACUGAAUAUCGACUGAAUCAGAGCACGGCCAAUAACCUGUCAUCAUGCGUCCUACCAAAGCAAUCAAAUUUCUGGAUAACGGUGUACGGAUUCCCACCGCAAGCAACAAACACAAUUCUUUCUCAUUUUUCCCAAUGCGGAACAAUAAUAGAUAAAAUCUUCCCACCAGAGAGUGGUAACUGGGUUCAUUUGAAAUUCUCAUCACGCCUCGAAUGCGACAAGGCUUUAAACUAUAAUGAAAAGAUUUUAGCCAAUAAUAUUAUGAUUGGAGUGACACAUUGCAAGGACUCAAGCAUCGUGGAUAAAGAAAACUUGAUCGAUAAUAACCAAUUAUGCCGAGUGCGUCCUUUGACGCACAUAGCCUACAAAAGCGCACAGAACGACACUGCAGUCUGCCCAAGCCCCACAGCCCCACAAAGAAGUUCAGGAAUUGUUAAUAAGGCAAUGGAUCUGCUAUUUGGCUGGUAGUUUGUUACGUACGCCUUGUGAGAGCGUUCAGUUCUUUCCAUGUUUUACUUGAUGCUACUGUUGUGUUGCUCACAAACAUGCCGUGUAGAUUUUGUUGCAGUUGGCGUCAAGCGCUUAUGUUCCACGCAUAGUUGAAAUUCAAAUAUUUUUAUAUGUUCUUAGUUAAUUGAUUUUUAAUGCUUUCUUGGUGUUCGGAAAUCCAGCGAUUAUAUGAAAUUUGGAAAUCUGUUCCAGGCUCAUUUAUUUGUUGUUUGAAGUGUAGACGUGAUGAGGUUGAAGAAUUUUGGUUUUUUUCCCUCAAAACAAGAACACGAAGAAAACUUACGGGAAUGCUUGUAGUCUUUAAGGAGCAAUCUGUUAUCAACAUUGUACAUUUGACGUAAUUUGAUUUUUUUAUACUAAUAAAGGUGAAGCAAAUGUAAAAGUGAAAGUGAUAAUGAUAAUAA